AUGUGGACCGUGACUCUCGUUCUGUGUUUGGGAAAUAUUCUCAUCAGAGGAGAGGCCAGCGAUCAGCAUUCAGAACCAUUCCCUGUAAUUGAAGUCUCCGAAACGGCCUCCCCUGGUCUUUUAACGCUGGAAAAACAGAACUCCAACGGCUCAAUUCAUCCACCCCGAGAAGCAGGACCAAAAACAUCGCACCCUCCUAUGUGCUUAGAGUCAGCUGGAAUCAGAGACACCUUCAAAUACAUCAAUGUUAUGGUCUCUCUGCUCGUGUUUGUAGUCGGAAUAGUGGGGAAUUCAGCCUUACUGAAAAUCAUACAUGUAAACAAAUGCAUGAGAAGCGGACCUAACAUUCUCAUUGCAAGUCUUGCUCUGGGGGAUCUAAUCCACAUUGUGAUAGACAUUCCAAUCAACGCUUACAGGCUCUUGGCAGAAGAUUGGCCCUUCGGUUUGGCGCUAUGCAAACUCGUCCCUUUCAUACAAAAAACCUCAGUUGGAAUUACAGUGUUGAGCUUGUGUGCUUUAAGCGUUGACAGAUACCGGGCUGUAGUAUCCUGGAAUCAAAUCAAAGGCGUAUGGGUUUCAGUGUGGACAGCAAUCGAAAUAACUCUGAUAUGGGUUAUUUCCAUCCUGCUGGCUGUCCCUGAAGUUGUCGGCUUUGAUAUGAUAACAAUGGACUAUAAAGAAAAGCACCUCCGAAUAUGUCUGCUUCAUCCAAUGCAAACUUCACCGUUCAUGCAGGUUUAUAAAGCCGUAAAGGACUGGUGGCUCUUUGGCUUCUACUUCUGCAUGCCUCUGCUUUGGACCGCCAUCUUCUACGCCCUCAUGACCAGGAAAAUGCUGAGAAAUACAAAAAACACCUUGAGCGACCACAUCAAGCAGAGACGUGAAGUUGCAAAAACCGUCUUCUGCCUGGUGAUCGUGUUUGCACUCUGCUGGUUUCCUCUGUACCUCAGCAGAAUAUUAAAAUCAACCAUAUACGAUGAGAAAGAUCCAAAUAGGUGUCAGCUACUGAGUGUCUUUCUUGUCCUUGACUAUUUUGGCUUAAACAUGGCGUCGCUGAACUCCUGCAUCAACCCAAUCGCGCUGUACAUAGUCAGCAAAAGAUUCAAGAGAUGUUUUAAGGCAUGUCUGUGCAGUUGGUGUCUACCUCUUCGAGCUGUUACCCAUGACGAGGCGCAGUCUGUUUUGAAGUCCAGAAUGCAGGAUCAAGCCUCAGAGCAGAGCGGCAACAUCAAAGCUCACAAGCAGACAGCCACACCUCUUCCUGGGCAGGAGAACACCUUACUGUGUUAACACAAACUCACGUGGAACUGUAAAAAACACUUUCUGAGACUGUCAAUAUCUUUUUUUUUGUUUUUUUUUUUAUUCGGCGGCUUCGGCUAUCAAAACAAGAAGCCCCCCUCUGUCAGUAGCUCGGCAACCUUGACAUGCCAUUCUAAUAAUGUAAAGUACCUUGUGAAUAA